CGGGGACAGCCGGCCCCGCUGCCCUCAGCCCUCCCUCAUCGCCUGCGUCCAUCCCCGGCGGGGCUCCGCUACCGACCCGCGGCAGGAGGACUCUGCUCCUGUCAGCACAGCUCUGUUUCACUGCUCCCUGGGUGAACAGGUGAAGCCAGCCCAGAGAGAGACUUCACUCACCUUUUAAUGAACAUCAGAAAACAGGUUCAGCUGGUCACUCAUUGAUCUUUUUAUUGCCACUCCUGGUUCUCCAAAUCCUGCUCUCAUCAUGGCCUAAACCUCUUUAUUGAGGGGUUGUUCUGUGUGGAUGUUCCAAUGACACAGAAGCAGUGCCACGGCCUCCUACCCAGCAGAGCUGCUCCCCAGAGCCAGAGGGAUGGUGGUAGUCACGGGGCAGAGCAAAGCGAGUGCCACCCCGGAUGAUGCCAUGUCGAGCUCGGAUGCAGAGGAUGAUUUCCAAGAGCCGGCCACUCCCACCGCCACCCAGGCAGGACAAGCGCUACCUCUGCUGCCCCAGCAGUUCCCAGAAGUUGUCCCACUGAACGUGGGGGGGAUGUUCUUCACCACCAGACUGUCCACGCUGCGCAGGUACGAGGACACCAUGCUGGCAGCCAUGUUCAGUGGCAGGCACUACAUCCCCACAGAUGCUGAGGGCAGGUACUUCAUCGACAGGGAUGGCACCUACUUUGGAGACAUACUAAACUUCCUACGGUCGGGUGAGCUGCCCCCCCGAGAGCGAGUGAGGUCAGUGUACAAGGAAGCUCAGUAUUAUUCCAUAGGACCCUUGCUAGACAAUCUAGAGGAUAUCCAGCCUCUUAAAGGAGAAAAAGUUAGACAAGCUUUCCUGGGCCUAAUGCCAUAUUACAAAGACCACCUGGAGCGGAUCAUCGAGAUCGCCAAGCUGCGGGCCAUGCAGAGGAAGGCCAGGUUUGCCAAGCUCAAGGUGUGCGUGUUCAAGGAGGAGAUGCCCAUCACUCCCUACGAGUGCCCCCACUUCAACUCCCUGCGCUUCGAGCGCAGCGAGAGCGAGGCCAAGCUCUUUGAGCACCACUGCGAGGUGGACGUGUCCUUCGGGCCCUGGGAGGCCGUGGCCGACGUCUACGACCUCCUGCACUGCAUCGUCAGCGACCUGUCGGCGCGUGGCAUCACCGUGGAGCACCAGUGCAUCGGCGUCUGCGACAAGCACCUCAUCAACCACUACUACUGCAAGCGCCCCAUCUACGAGUUCAAGAUCACCUGGUGGUGACUGGGGGCACAGAGAAGGGUCAGGGGACUGCCACAGGACAGAUGUGCUUUCAGGGUCACCUGGUGGUGGCACAUCGAGGGGUGAGAGGACUUCGAGAGGAUAAAUGUUCUUUCUAAGUCGCCUGGUGGUGGGUUGUGGUGGCAAAGAGGGGUGAGAGGACUUCUAGAGGACAAAUGUUCUUUCACCAUCGCCUUGUGGUGAGUGUGGUGGCACUGAGGGCUCCUAAAGGACAAAUGUUCUUUCAAGAUCACCUUGUGGUGAGUGUGGUGACACAUCAAGGAGUGAAAGGACUUCUAGAGGAUAAAUGUUCUUUCAAGAUCAUUGGUGGCGAGUUGUGGUGGCACUGAGGGGUGACAGGACUUCCAGAGGACAAAUGUUCUUUCACCAUCACCUUGUGGUGAGUGUGGUAGCACUGAGGGGUGAAAGGACUUCUAGAGGACAAAAUGUUCUUUCAAGAUCAUUGGUGGUGAGUUGUGCUGGCACUGAGGGCUCCUAAAGGACAAAUGUUCUUUCACCAUCGCCUUGGGGUGAGUGUGGUGACACUGAGGGGUGAGAGAACUCCUAAAGGACAAAUGUUCUUUCAAUAUCAUGUGGUGGUGAGUGUGGUGGCACUUAAAAAGGGUGAAAGGACUCCUAGAGGACAAAUGUUCUUUCAAGAUCAUCUGGUGAUGAGUUGUGGUGGCACUGAGGGGUGAGAGGACUCCUAAAGGACAAAUGUUCUUCCAACAUUGUCUUGUGGUGAGUGUGGUGGCACAAUAAGAGGUGAAAGGACUUUUAAAGGACAAAUGUUCUUUCAAGAUCACCUGGUGGUGAGUUGUGGUGGCACUUACAGGACAAAUGUUCUCGGCAGUUGCCUUGCUGCUCACAUUCCUUGGGAUCAGCCUGCUGGCAGGGGUUGGGAAAACCUCUGGAACCUUGACAAACCAGCCUGAACUCAGACUGUUGGCUCAGGUACCUUAACGAGGCACAAAACAAAAUCACCUCAUGCAAAGGAUGGAGGGGAGUGGCUGAACAUCUGCUCAAAGGUGCCACCAACCACGUGGCUUCAGGAUGGAAUUGCAGAUUUUUCCUGCAUUUUUGGGAAUCUGGGGUGCUACUAAAGCUGACAUUUCAGUUUUACCCUCUUAGAAAUGUUUUAGUUCCUCCUUCAGCUUUAUAAAGUUUUAGUCACACCCAACACAAAGAUCUGGAAAUGUCAUUUUGAUGUACUAGAUAAUUUUAAAAAAAAGGAAUAUUCCUUAUAUAUAAUUAAUUGUUGUCAGGGUUAAGCUGUAUUUCUUUUUUAAUUAAGAAUCUACGUUGUGAAUUAUAAUGUUGUACUUCAAUUAUUUCUGUUGUUAUCAAAAGGAAUAGCAGAUCUGGAAUAUAUUCCUUAAUGCUUUUAGGAAUAAUAACUGUUCAUGGAAGACUUGUGCCUGUUUUUAGCCUUAGAAAUUUUAAAUGUUUACAAUAUCUACAAAAAAAAAAAAAGCUCUUUAGAAUCAGGUUAUUUGCAAAGGCUUUUGGUAAAUGAGAAAACCCUGUCUGUAUGUUCCUAUUAGCAGCAGUAAGAGGAAUAUUUAAUGUAUAUUAUUUUAUUACUGACUCUUUUUACAUUCUGUGAUAUUCAACUUUAUUUUAGACUUAAAGUCAGAUGAUAUUAGACGACAAGUGCUUCCUUCACCUCACCUUUUUCAGACAAUUAAAUCUUAAUUUUAUCCUUCUUCUUGACCCUUCUUGGUGUCAGCGGAGGAAAAACAAAAUUCAAGCUUCAUAUUCAGAUAUUCUUCACUCUAAAGCAGUAGGAAAUUCCUUUCCAUGCUGGAAGAGGCAGCCACUGCAGAAUCAUAUUUUCUUUGGAAGGUCUUUUUGUACUUCUGACAUCAGCAACCACAUCCCAAAUUUCAACUACUGAAUUCAGCCCAAAACUAAAAGGGAGAAAAGUCUGAAAAUCUUAUUGUUUUGUGAAGUACAGAAAACCCCAACCCCCUUGAAGUGGCUUCAAAAUAAUCUUAAAGAGAAAGAAAAAGGAAAUAUUUGUAUAUUGCAUUCCACUGGAUUAAUUAAAAAGCUAAUUACUGAUGUAAUUAAAGGUUUUGUAGCUUCAUUUUACCCUGGACAAUUUAUAGACCCCACUGGCUUUAAGUUGUGGUUGGCAUUACUGAGCCCUGAAGAUUUUUAGGUUUUCACACACUGCACAGAGAACCCAAGAUAGUUCUAAAUUUUGGGCUAUGACAAAAAAAAAAAUCCCUCCAGUCUUUGAUUAUCUUUCUGCAAAUAAGCAGAUUUCAGAGGAUAAUUCUAUCUCCUGUAUAUAAUUCUCUAACUGGAAAUCACUUUCCAGAACAGCAGUUCAUAGUUCAUUUUACUUACACGAGCUUAGGAUAAGUUUACCUCCACUUUCACUGUGACUUUUCUAAAUGGAUUUUGUUUUGCUGAAUUAUAAAUUGUAUGUGUCUAUGCAUUGUAACCCGUAAUGCCUUUGAAAAUCCAGCCUGGAUGCUAAUGAUCAGGGUUUGGAAUUCUCUCCAAAUGUGUUUUGUUAAUAAUGAUGUUGAUGUGUGAUGUUCAAUACUGUGAGUACUGCGGUGUAUUAUUUCUUAGUACUCUUGACUUUUCAGUUCAGGUAAUAUAUAAUCUGUAUGUUUUUUAUUUAAAACACAUAGAAGAAAACGUGGAUAUAAAGGUUGUGUUGUGCAAUAAAUUAUGAUCCUGAAAA